AUGGCAAACCGUGGCUGUUCUCUUCUUGUGCGCAACUUGCGCUAUGAAACGACAGCUGAUAAGGUGCGAGAAGUGUUUGAAAAAGUUGGGCGCGUCAAGGAUGUCUAUCUGCCCAUUGAUCACACCACAAAGGAACCUCGGGGCUUUGGUUUCGUCGAGUACUACGAGGAGAAGGAUGCUCAGGAUGCUGUACAUGAAUUCGAUAGAUUUAUACUUGAUGGCAACGAGCUCUCCGUAAUCAUUGCGCAGGACAGACGGAAAUCUCCCCAUACCAUGCGGAGAAUCCUCGCGGAGCGUCAGAAUGGGUAG